AUGUAUUCCCUCAGCAAGGCGGCCGUUCUGGCACUCGCCGUUGCAACCACUGGCUAUGGUUUUAAAGCUACUAUUCUAGCAGACACAAAUCGCGACGGACAUGUGGAUGUUACGGACCAUGAGGGGAAAGCCUACUGGACCGAGAAACAAGGAGCAUUGUUUCUGCCAAAUAUUGUCGAUACUGACCGCCGAUGCUCGUCUCAAAUUACAGAAAAUACCACUGAAAGCGAGCUUGCAAUGUGCAACGAUGCAUCUGAUAAUAUCCUUCGCCAAUCCCAGUACCUCGCUCCGCUUAGCACCCUCCCAAUCCAUAACUUGAGCAACUCUAUCAUGGGUAGAAUUACUCUCCAAGAUGCCCGUGAUAAAGCUCGAAUCUUCUACAAAGAUCAUGACGAAUGGAUAUAUCUGGGUAAAGACCACGUGUUUAAUGCGUCUGCAUUAGAACCUGGUCUAGAGCUAGGAGUCGAUGGCAGAGAUGUCCGUCGACCUGAUGAGUGGGAUGGCAGAGUUACGGUUACUUUUGAGUUGUUUGAGAAUGGGAAGAAUAUAUCUUCUGAUGCAGUUGCCCUUCGUGUGGCACCGAUUCUGACACACCAUCACCUGCAAGAUCCGGAUCAAGUCUUCACAGUUGCGGGCAUUGACGAGAUGGAGGACUGGAAGGAAGCACAGGCGCAAUUUGCGAGCUUUAUUGUGAAUUAUACCGCCAAGGCUGGAAUUAAAAAGCCCGUUCACAUGGUCGAGCACUGGGAUAUCUGGGUUCAAGAUUACUUUGAACCUGGCUACGCCAGCAUUCCUGGUCCCGAUGGUCCGAUAUACCUACGAGUUAAUAUUCGAAGUAGCCAACCGGGGCGCCACGCCGGCCGGAUGAUCUUCUCAGAAUUCAGGUCCAACACUACAGGAGCCGUUCAAUACUUUACCAAUGAUACCCUUCCACGUUCAACCAUCGACUCCACGGGAAACCUGGAGACGAUACCACCUUAUUCGUACAAUGGGAAAGAUUACCUUGCUGGAAGGGCAAUCAUGGGAAGGCAUGACAAUAUCAGCCCAACUGUAAUGGCUCUUCUUAAGGCUCAGGAGGCGCAAUACCCUAUUGAUACCCUUGAUCAUGAUUGGCUUCUUGUUGGCCACACGGAUGAAUACGUGCAAUUUCUCCCGGCUAAUAACUCACGGGGCUGGGUUGUAACUAUGGCUGACACUGAGUAUGGGAUGAAAUUGCUCAAAGAUGCCCAGGCAAAUGGACAUGGAACGGAAAAGGCCAUGUCUCGCAAGCCCGAGUCAUAUGACCCCGAAAGCCCUUGUCUUCCUUCCAUUACUAUCAACGGGGUACUUGAACUUCCCGAAUUUGAAGAAAUCAACAAGCACUGCGCGGACCGAAUCAAGUACAAUGUCGACAUCAUCAAGCAAGAAACUGGCAUUACUGAAGGCGAAAUUUUUCGAAUCCCUAGUCUCUUUUACUACCCAGACAAAGGCCUCGCUUGCAACGCAACCAGCACCCGGCGCGCCAAAGGCCAGGCAAUGAAUAUUAUAGAAGCGGCUGGAGGGAGCGAUGAGCUAAACGGUUCCGACGAGCCCAAGAAGCGAAUGGUUGCAUUAUACCCCGAGACCAUUAACGGCGUCGUAUAUCCUCAAGGCCAGUAUAUGGCGCCCAACCCAUGGGGGCCUAUUAUUGGCGGCAAGGAUAUUUUAGCCGAGGCUGUCACUAAAGCCUAUGCCCAGGUCGGCUUUAACGUUACCUUUAUGGAUGAUUGGUUUGACCACCAUAUUCUACACGGCGAGACUCAUUGCGGCUCCAACGUGGCUCGCGACGCCUCUCAAAAAUGGUGGUAA